AUGCACGUGCCCCGGGACUUGCUGCCCACUUCUCCUGGGCAAGGACAAACCCAGCCAACGGGGUUCGCGGCCACCGACAGCAGUGACGCCACGUUUGCACCGGUUGCCGGCGGACGCCGCGCAUCUGCUUCGAUCGCCGUAGCACUGCCCGAGCAACUCGCCAUCGGCAAGGGCAGCGGCGGUGCCUGGAUCUCUUCGGAGUCAGGCAGCACUGGGUUGCGUAAACUGCAAGGAGACGAGUGCCCCCCGUGUGAAACAAUGUUCGGGAAACUCAAUGGAGCCCAGCAACACGUUGAGCUUCAACUUCGCGGGGCUUCCAGAAUUCAAUACCAGGAGCCCAAGUCCGGCACGGGCUUCAUGUUCGAGUGGGCCGUGAAUGCUUUGAUGGUGACUUGUGAGGAACUGGGGAGGUUGUACGGGGAGGGCACGUGCACCGUCAGGGGGAGAAGGCCGUUCUCCCGAAGAAAGCCGAAGCCAGUUACCCCCGAGACAGCUUUGGACGACAUGAAAGAAGUCAUAUUUGUCAUUAAUCCGAAUCGGCAGGACGGUCGGAGUUCUGCUGGAGGUCCCUCUGCUUCCCCUUGUCCCUGCUCGACCGUUGACAAGUGA